AAAUCUUUUGGACUUAAAAUUUUACUGUAUAGGGGGGCAAACAAACAGAUGACCCUGAAGUACUAGUAGAGGGGGGUUCAAGGCGACAAUGGCGACAAUAGAAGAUGAGAGUCUUCGAUCAAGGUCUUCCGUAGGUAGUAAUUGACAUUGGCUAAACUUCUCUCUCCACAGUAACCAACCAACUGCUUAUACCGUAUGGAGUUCGAGUGGCCUCUCUACAAGAUCGCAGACCCCCACGAAGAAAACGAUGUUCUGCUAAAGAGCCAAAAUGAUGAGAGUGGUCCCAAUAUUCGAUUUCGAAAUCUCUUGGAAUCUCGUUGUGAGGAAUAUGCGUCCAAGUCAAAGAUGGAACAGCCGCUCAUGGCGGUGGAAAUCUUGAAGGAGUGGAGAUUGUUACAGCCGCCUGGUCGGUUUUUGAUUGUAGAAGAAGGUACUUCCCAGACGCUUCCUCUCUGGAAAGACGUGGGAGACAAGCAAGCACGGACUUUCAUCAGCAAGACACUCAAGCAAAUGGUCAAACAACGUGCUGCUGUAGCAGCGACAGACAAGGAGGCUCAAAGACGACGACAACAAGAACAACAACGAGAUGCAGAAGCAGUGAAUGGAGCAACAACCGUUCCGAAAAGAAUAGAGACUACUACUACUCCAAUUUCGGCAAAUGACCAGGACCAUUCCAACAGUACUGGUACAGAUGAUGAUGAUGAUUGGUGGGAUCAGGUUUCCUCCUCCAAACGGCUGAAAUUAUACGAUCGCGAGGUACAGUCUCAUGCCUUGCUAGAAGCGUAUCAACGAAGAACGGCCCAUCCCGAUCCUCCGCCAGAAUUAGUCUUGAUUACAGGACCCUCUGGUACGGGCAAGACCAGUUUGGCCAAGCAAGUGCUGGAGGAUCAUGUUGUGACUUUGCAGCAAGGAUUCUUUUUAGUGGGGAAAUUUGAUCAGUAUCGCAACAAGGCGCAACCCUUUUCGGCAUUUAUGAGUGCCAUUGAACAAUUCACUCAGAGUGUGCGUGCCAAAGGAACCGAAUUUUGCCAACAAGUCAAGAGUACCAUUCUGCAAUCUGCUGUUGUGGCAUCUCAUAUCCAUCUACUGGUAGAUGCCAUGCCUUGUUUGGGAGAGAUUUUGGGAACGGAGGGUGAGGCAUCCUCCUCGGACGAUGACUCCUCGACCAAUAAGGGAAUGAUCAUGGUGGAAAACAACCGCAAGCUUUUCACGGCGGCGUUCAAGGGACUCAUGCAAGCGGUGAUCCGGCCUCAACAUCCCAUUGUCUUGCUAUUGGAUGAUUUGCAGUGGGCCGACGAGGGAUCCUUGGAUUUGCUCACUGCCAUUGCCUCUCCUUCGUUUGGUGAUAGUCAGGGGCUCGUCAUUGUGGGAACUUGCCGAGGCAAUGAAGUGGGUUUGCACGAUCCCCUGUCGAUCGUCUUGCGCAAUCUCGAAGAAAACAAUACACGCCUCACCGAUAUUCAAGUCUCCAAUUUGACCGUGGAUACCGUUUCACAAAUGCUGGUGGAUUUGGGAAUGCCCCCCACUCAAUCUACGUCGUUGGCCAGAAUUGUCCAUCUGCAAACCAAGGGAAAUGCCUUUUUUGCCUCUCAGUACAUCCAACGCGUCUAUGAAGAUGGAUUGAUGAAGCGAGAGGUCUCCAUCAGCGGUGAUCAGAAGCAUUUUUUGAACUGGAACGAGGAAGAUCUGAGUGUGUCUACUAGUGAUGGAGAACGGUCUAGCACGGACGACACUAGUACCAAUGACAAUCGCAUCGUGAGAUUACUUGCCAAAAAGAUGAAGCAGCUGCCACAGGACGUACAAGAAGUGCUCAAGGUGGCCUCGUGUCUCGGAAAUGAGCUCCACGAAAGUGUGUUGUGCCAUGCUGGAGCUGUGGCAUCCUCCACGGUUUUGUUGGGAUUGAGUGUCGCGGAAGAACGAAACAUGAUUGUAUACGACUUUGAUCGUUGCGCCGGAAAGUUUCCCCACGAUCGAUUCCAGGAAGCGGCCUUUUCGUUGAUACCACCCGAGCAAAGAGUCCAGUAUCAACUACAGCUGGGACGCAACCUUCGGCAGCAUUUACCGGCUCGGGAUUUUGAGAAACACAUGCUACUUGUAGCGAGUCUUUUGGCACAGGGAGGCGAAUUGAUUGAGGACGCAGAUGAACGAGAAAAGAUUGCGAGGCUGUGCUUGGCUGCUGCCAGAAGGGCUGCCAAAGCGUCUGCAUUCUCGUCCGCAACAGAAUACGUGGAAUUGGGGAUAUCGUUUCUGGAGCGGCGUCAUUGGAGGGACCAAUAUGAGCUCAGCCUGCUCCUUUUCAAUUCGGGUGCAGAGUUAGCCCAUUGCAGUGGGGAUCAUGAGACUGUAGACCGGUUGACAGCACAAGUUUCAGAACAUGCACGAUCCUCUGAGGAUCGCUUUCAGGCGGAUAUUUGUCGCAUCAUGUCAUUGGAUUCGAGAACUGAUGUUGAAUGCCUUCAUAUUUGUCUCUCCAUUUUGGACGACUUGGGAGAAAGGGUUCCGCGGAGAGCGCCCAUUGAGCUAGAGUUCAAGAAAACAGAACGAAUGCUACGAGGGCGGACACCAGAUCGCAUCCUAGCUCUUUCUCCGAUGACGGACAGGAAAGCCUUGGCGGCAAUGCAAGUCCUGCAUCUGCUCUACCCCAUUUGCCUUCUGCACAAGUUUGUAAUGACAAAAAUAUGCGCUUGUCGCCUAGUCCGGCUGACGCUGGCGCAUGGUCAAAGUGCGGCGAGUGGCCUCGGUUUUGCUUUCUAUAGUGUGGUGCUCGUCCGACUAGGCAAAUCUGAUGAAGGAAGUGUCUUUGCAAGGAUGGCUCUUCAGAUGACAGCCAGGGCGUUCAGGGCACGGACUACCUUUGUGGUAUCAGCAUACGUCAAACCCGAAACGGAGUCUAUGCGAGCUUGUCUACAACCAUUGCAGUUUGCGUAUCGUUUUGGCUUGAAAACAGGCGAUGUUCACGCGUCAAUGAUUUCACUAUUCUUUCAUCACACGAUGCGAUUUUUCCUUGGAGAUCCUCUCGACUCGGUCGUGGGUUCGUUGCUCCAUCUUGAGAAGCUGUGCAAAGACUAUGGGCAGAUAGGAGUGAUCAUUUUCAGCGGCCCAGUGUUGCAAAGCUGCUACAAUUUGAUGGGUCGAUCGCCGGACCCGCUCUUGCUCAAGGGGGACGCCAUGAACGAAGACGACUUUCGACACAGCGACUGGGAUUUCAACCAAAGCAUGUACAGCUUGUCCCAAUUCUUCAAACUCCACCUUGCUGUCUACCUGAACCAGUUUGAGUAUGCCAUUGAAGGUGGAGCCUUGUCGGCGAACGCGAGGCAACAAGCCAAGCUGCUAGUGAUACCGUUCACAGUCAAGCAUCUGACUUUCUUGGAAUGUGUCCUGGCAGAGUCGCCGUUCGCAGCGAAACGAAACAACAACCUGCUCGAAAGACGGCGAAGGAAAAGGCGUCUGAAGCGCCUUCAAGAGGCAGCCUUACUCUGUCCAGAGAACUAUUCUCACAAACUAUCCUUGGCAGAAGCGGAACAGGCUGUAUCACGGGGCCAGUUUGAUCUUGCGAUUCAAAAGUACGAAAAGUCCAUUCGACUCGCCGAAAGGGAUGAGAUACGGAGUGAUCAAGGAUUGGCGUGUGAGCGAGCCGCAAGGAUGUACUUGUCCAUUGGGAAAAAGGCAGAAGCAUCCAAAUUUGUUGCCAAAGCCUUGGCCCACUAUCAGGAUUGGGGAGCCAAGGUCAAGGUGGACCAGAUGACUGAGCUCGUGAAGAAGGAGGAGCUAGUUUUGCCAUGAUGCAAUGGUUCUCCAGCCCAUUUCAUUCUGCACUCCUCCAAAACGACAAUUCAACAGGGUUAUCCACUGCAGCUCCACGUAGUGCUGGCACUUUUGGGGAAAACCGAUAGUUGAUUAUAAUCGGAGUUGUCUACAUCGAUUGCUCCGUCCCUGCAGGUGCUUCUCUAGCUAUACCGGUACACUGCACGUGCCUGGCUCUCGUUCUCGAUUUAUUGACCUUGAAUGCGUAAGAACUGCCUUUUGUGAUGUCGUUGGGUAUAUUCUUGAGUGGAGUUUUUUUGAUGACAUGAAUCAAUACUAGCUAGCUAGCUAGUCAUAUUGAACUGUUUUUAGCUCACGCCCCCAGCUAAAGUAGGUAUCCAUGUGCUGCUGGACUUCAUGGUCGUCCAGUCUUUGAUGUAGCCAUUCCAAGAGUGUUUCAACCAACAAAAUGACCAGGAUCAAAGUUGCCCUCCAAUAGCUGAUGAACAGCAUUGACAUAGUCAUAAAUGGCCUGUGGAUUUAAAGUUGCAGCAUGGAUGAGGACUGCGCCGAUUUCAGUUGGAGACAAACGACCUUGGAAUAGUCGAAAGAGCUUGUAAUUCAUAAGCGUCCCCGUCAAGAGCGUCCAGAAAAGCAUUUAAGAACAGCCAAGGAUUGGGAGAGCUUACAGCAGCAAAGUCAUCUUGACCA